AUGGGCGUCAUCCACUGCGAUGUGAACCCCUGGAACAUCCUCUGCCAGGAGGAGAUACAAGAGUCUGGGGCUGACGUUGAUCUUCCUCUGAAGGAAUUCACGUUUGGGCAUCAGCGUGAUGAGCGUUCCUAUCCUCAAGCCGAGGCUUGCCUGGUGGAUUGGGCCUGCAGCGCGCCUAGCGAAGGAGGCUCGGCACCAAAGCUUUCGCGUCGGGGGGACUUCCAGGCUGCAGAGCUGGUCCAGGGCCGAGUUGGACCGCAGAGCGAUGUCUUCGGUUGCGCUUCGACCUUGCUAUGGCUCCUCCUGAAGCGCACUAGGAAAGGCUUGCCGGAUCGAACGCCGGAGCUUGUGAAGGCGCAGCUGCAACAAGCGGCCGGGGAGGAACUGUCCACGACUUGCCUCGAAAAACUAGCUUCGGCCAUCACCUGGGGCAUGGAAGAAAGUUGGGAG